AUGUUUCAUUCAACUUCUUAUUCACCUUGUUUCGGUGGAUAUUACGAAAUUAGGCUUGCUGUUAAGAAACAGACAAAGAAAGGAAAGCAGGCAGCAAAGGAUCCAAACAAGCCAAAGAGGGCUCCAAGUGCUUUCUUUGUUUUCAUGGAAGGCUUUAGGCAGGAAUACAAGGAAAAGCACCCUAAAAACAAAUCAGUUUCUGCUGUCGGCAAAGCUGCUGGUGAAAAGUGGAAGUCUAUGAGUGAUGAGGAAAAAGCUCCCUUUGUGGCAAAGGCUGAGAAGAAGAAGAAGGAAUAUGAGCGACAGAUGGAAGCUUACAACAGAAAACUGGCUGGAGAAGGUGAUGAAGAAUCGGAUAAAUCAAAGUCUGAGAUUCAUGAUGAAGAAGAUGGGGAAGACAGUGAGGAGGAGGAAGAAGAUGAUGACUAG